AUGCUGGAAUUGAGUAAUGCCUAUUUUCCUAUUGAAGGACUGGAAUCGAGUAAUGCCUAUUUUCCCAUCGAGGGACUGGAAUCAAGUAAUGCCUAUUUUCCCAUCGAGGGACUGGAAUCAAGUAAUGCCUAUUUUCCCAUCAAGGGACUGGAAUCGAGUAAUGCCUAUUUUCCCAUCGAGGAACUGGAAUCGAGUAAUGCCUAUUUUCCCAUCGAGGAACUGGAAUCGAGCAAUAACUGUUUUCCCAUCAAGGGACUGGAAUCAAGUAAUGCCUAUUUUCCCAUCGAGGAACUGGAAUCGAGCAAUAACUGUUUUCCCAUCAAGGGACUGGAACAGAGUAAUGCCUAUUUUCCCAUUGAGGGACUGGAAUUGAAUAAUGCCUAUUUUCCCAUUGAGGUACUGGGAAGUGGCCUAUUUUCCCAUUGA